CACUGUGGACACGUUUGUAAUUCUACAUCAUGUCAGUGCUGUCUGACUGCAAAAAACCCCAAAAACAUCAAAUUCUCGAAUGACGUUGGCUGCUCAUGAAAUGAAAUCCGUGAUUCACAGCAGAUCCGGGGGUUCAUGCUUUGAAGAGGUCUGAGGCUCUGAGCUGCAGGGCAGGAGGGCAGGCUGUUGAUGAAUGGCUCACGUCGCCACCUAGUGGCGGCGGCGGGUAAGACCGUUUACAGUUAUUAGGUGGGACCGGGGGACAGAUUGCCUACAACGGGCACUUGUGUGCUGUGGCGCUGUUCAUUCCAAUUCUCACAGAGAUGAUGAUCGUGGUGGUGGGGAUUUCAGUGUCUCUGUUAUUUUUCUUUUUGUCUUGAUAUUUUAACUUCAACAUUUCUGGUUUGAUUUUGAAGUCAGACAUUUAUGUAUAUAUAUAUUUUUAACGACUAUAAUCUUGCUCAUUGGAUUUACUCAUUCAGAUUUUGGAGCUAUACCUCGGACCAGUGAGGUAAAGGCUACCACUCACGUAUUGAAGACACUAUAGUUUUGCUGUUUUGUGGGUCCACACGUAGCCCGCAGAAUCUAACUUGUGCUUUGUUUUGUCGCCCACGUUUUAUCAAGUGCUUCAUAUUGUGUAGAUGGUUGGAGACAUCAGCUCGUUUCCCCGUGGACUCCUCCGCCUUCUGUUGGUAGAAAGCAUGGGGGACUGCGGUUCAACAAAAAGCUGUUCUUUCUUGUGUUAUCACCUGAGAAGUAGGAUCUGAGCCUCCUCAUAUCUCGCGUGCGUCUCGUCGCCUGUGAGGACCCGAGGAAGACUUCCACCCAAGACCCUCCAGGGGUCCCAGCGAGGCUGACUGCACAACCCUGACGCAUCUGCAGAAGACGAGACUGCGGCAAUGGAAAGUAUUUCAAACCAAAGUGACUUCUGGCAAUUCAACGAAUCCUGGAGGAACUCAAGUGUCCUCGACACUACCAGCGGGUCGAAUCAGACGAAUCCCCUGAAGCGGAAUGAGGAGGUGGCGAAGGUGGAGGUGUCCGUGCUCGCCUUGGUGCUGUUUCUGGCGCUGGCGGGGAACCUGUGCGUCCUGCUGGCCAUCCAUACCACCAAACACAGCCAUUCCCGCAUGUAUUACUUCAUGAAGCACUUGAGCAUCGCCGAUCUAGUUGUGGCAAUAUUUCAAGUUCUCCCGCAACUUAUCUGGGACAUUACUUUUCGCUUCUACGGACCGGACCUUUUGUGCAGAUUGGUGAAGUACCUACAGGUUGUUGGGAUGUUCGCGUCCACUUACAUGUUGGUGUUGAUGUCCAUAGACAGGUGUUUGGCAAUAUGUCAGCCUCUUCGUUCUUUGCACAGGAGAAAAGACCGUUUCUACGUCAUCUUUUCCUGGAUCCUGAGUCUGCUCUUCAGUAUCCCACAGAUGUUCAUCUUUUCCCUGAGGGAGGUUGGCUCGGCCGGAUCCGGAGUGUAUGACUGCUGGGGCGAUUUCGUGAAGCCCUGGGGAGCCAAAACUUAUAUCACAUGGAUCAGCCUGACCAUUUAUAUCAUUCCCGUGGCCAUUCUGAGCAUUUGCUACGGUUUGAUAAGCUUCAAGAUAUGGCAAAACUUUAAGCUGAAAACCAGGCGGGAGCAGUGUAUAAGCCUGACGCCCAAAACCUCCAAAGGCAACACACUGGCCCGCGUGAGCAGCGUGAAGCUCAUCUCCAAGGCGAAGAUAACCACAGUCAAAAUGACUUUUGUGAUCGUCGUUGCUUAUAUAGUCUGCUGGACCCCCUUCUUCUCUGUGCAGAUGUGGUCUGCGUGGGACCCAGAGGCGCCUCGUGAGGCCAUGCCCUUCAUCAUCUCCAUGCUCCUCGCCAGCCUCAACAGCUGCUGUAACCCCUGGAUCUACAUGUGCUUCGCUGGACACCUCUUCCAAGAUCUCAGGCAGAGCUUUUUGUGCUGCUCCGCUCGCUACCUCAAGUCAUCCCAGUGCCACUGCGAGCCUGAAUUCGACUCCAGCCACAAGAGCAUCUCCUCAACAUUUGUUAUCAAGAGCACCAGCAGUCAGAGGAGCAUCACACAGACAUCUACGACAUAAGCGGUCACCCCUCAUUCACCCUUCAUCAAGCCGCCCACCUGGCAUUUUACAACAUGCAGCAGUUUGACUCCUCCACAUAUACCUGUUGUUCUGAAGGUUACUCUUCAAGCCCAGAAGAGUAAUAACAACAAGCAUCUUCAAUCUUUUAGUUAACAGUAAUUUACAGUAUAGAGUGCAAAUCAACUUAUGAAAUAAGAAAAUGUGGGACAAUCUACAAACUAUAAACUACACUAUCGAUUCAGUUGUUACCAGCAAAGCUUGUCUGUCCUUGUUAUGAAGAAAUCUGUCACCUAUGAUAAAUAUUUUGUACAAUUUUGUUCACUUCAUACAUUUGCAAUGUGUAGCAUAAAUGUAAACUUGAGCUUUUGUUUGAUAUGAGAUGUUCUAGCUGUCACUGGUAAAAAAAAAUAAUUAAAAAGUAAAACAAUUAAAAAUAAAUAACGAGUGAAAGCAGUGACAAAACACUGAUGACGUGAUUAUUUUACCUGCCUGAUGCUGUAUAGAAGUCCUUCUGCCUCCGAAACAGACCGAAGAAAUCCGUGGCGAGGUUGCUGGAACUAUUCCAGAGGGAUGUUUGUCCACACUGAAUCAAUGACGUCACUGAGUUCCUGCAAAUUUUUGGCAGCACAUUGAAACUUUGAACAUCCCGUCCAGCCUCAGCCCCCAAAACACAUUAUUUGACCGAGAUCUGGAGACAGUUUACAGAUUACAGAGGUGACCUGCAUGUUUGUGGAGGUUUGUUGAUGUUACAGUUGUUGCACGACACGGAGAGUUAACCUUGCUGGACGUGACAAUACAGAUAAACUGUAGCUGUUGUUCAGUCAGUUGAUUUAAUAUUCAUUGUGAAUGUUCGAUCCGUUUGUUAUCUUAGUUACAGCACGUCAGUAUUCAUUGCCAGUAAUGAGGAAUGGCUUGAAUGAAAAACAAAACAUGAACAGUGAAAAUGCUGAACAAUAUGCAGUUAUGAAUAUAUUCCUUGUGAAGAUCAUAAUGUGGUUCUGCUCAUUUCUAAUGCCUUCUCCUCGGGGGUGGGGGUGGGGUCUUUGAAGGGCCUUGUAAAAAGACUGUAUAAAGUAGAUUAGAUAUUGCAGGAAUAUUCAACUGCAUUGUAUUGCAUGGGUUUUCCUUAAACUGUAUUAUAAUGUGGAUUAAAGGAUUGAUGAAUGAGAA